AUGCAGGGAUAUUUUCCAAUAAACCAACCUGUUCUUCCGGCUGGCUGGCAGAUGGCCUACACCGCGACUGGCCAACCUUACUACAUGGAUCAUAACACAAAGACCACCCACUGGACCCUCCCGGAGACUGUCAGCUACUCCUUCGGAGGCUACUACAACCCGGUGAUGGUAGCUGGCGGCGGCAGCGGCGGCGGCGGCGGCGGUGCCCGCGGCGGUCGCGGCGGUCGCGGUCGCGGCGGUCGUGGCGGCAUCGAUCAGGGGAAGCGCAAAACGAAGAUGUGCAUCUACUGGGAAAAGAAUGGCGAAUGCAACUGGGGUGAUCGCUGCGCCUUUGCACAUGGUCAGGGGGAGCUCCGCGCGACGGCAAACUCCGUGGGUUCCCAGCCCCAACAGUCAUUGCAGGAGGGGGAUCAGCCAGCGUCGUAG